AUGCCAGAUCCAAAACUAUACGUUGUGUUUUACCGCCCUCGCUACGGUAAUUAUCAACACUGGGCUUUAUAUGUCGACGAUGACCACGUGCCGAUGAUCUUUGAAGUCAUUGGACAGCAUCCGAACUUCAAGCGCAACGUUGUGAACGCCAAGGCUGAAAAGUCUACAAGCUUUCUGGGCAAGGAAUUCGUUGGAUAUAUCGGGAAAAAUGAUAUUGAAAGAAUCAAAGUCGUCGCGUCAACGAUUCAUGUGGACAACGGGACAGUGGAAUGGGACUGCCAGGAUUACGUGCUUGAGAUCCUUGAUAAACUGGAAGAUGACUUUGUUUUGGAUACGGACGAUGAAGAUUAUUCUCGAGCGCGAAGCAUCUUGAAAGGGAAAAGGGGUGCAAUUGUGUAA